CUGAAACUUCUUUCUGAGCUAAGUGAAGGAAUCACUUACACACACUAUUCACUUGAUCCCCAUGUGCCUGCACUUGAUUCACCCUAGCCAAGGCAAGAAGUUAAAAAUAGUCCUUUGCUCAUGUAGCAGUGUGUUCCCUAUGUAUAUCUAGACAUUAAAAUGUUUUUUUUUUUCAAGAACAAAUUUGAUAUUGGCCAGUUUGACAUAGUAUGAGGAUAUGCUAAUAUAACAAGUAUCUGUUUUGCAGUAUAUUUUAAAAUGAUAAUUUAUACUGUUCAGUGAAAUUUGAUAGGUGGUCAUAAUACAAUCUGUUUUUUCUUUAUAGUAAAGAUAUCUAGUCAAAACAUCUUCCAUUGCUGUACAGUCAACAAAAGAUGGUAUAUAACAAAAAUUAAUAGCUUUUGAUUUUCAUUACUUUUUAAAAAUGUAUUUAAAUUUUAAGUUGUGCCUUCUCUUUAAAAAAAAAAAGGCAAUGCUACAGUGCUACAAUUUUAAUUUUAACAAAGUAAACAGUUAAAAGUUCAUUUGUAAUGGUUAUUAUAUUAACCAUAUGACAGACUUGGGUCCAUGGCUCAACAGAUGGGCCUUGUUUAUCACUGCUCAAGUAUUUAAUCGUUCGGAAUUUGUCACUGGAAAGGCUGAAGCUUUGUGUCCUGGAGUCUUAGAGGCAUGUGACUUAUGGUGGCUGUUGGGAGGUUAGGGGUGUUGCUUUUCCAAAAAGAGACUUAAAAACAAGCUGUGUGCCCUGAUUGGUUGGUGGGAUUGAGUGUCACGAGCAACAAGAGCAUGGUAUAAAACCUUUGGCUGCUGUGUUUCUGCAGAACUGACAGCUGAUGGGACAUGCCUGUGCUGUGUUGCCAUAAUUACUACAGACAUUGCAGCCAGCAUUAGACACCAGCGGUAGCUAAAAUGGACAUCCAGAGGACUGGCUCCCUGAUGGGGUCACCUAAUUCCAUGGAAAGUCUGGAAAAACAACUUAGUUGCCCAAUCUGUCUUGAUAUGUUCACCAAGCCUGUAGUGAUCCUUCCCUGUCAACAUAACCUGUGCCGUGGAUGUGCUAGUGACCUUUACGACUCUCGAAACCCUUACAGAUUUUCAGGUGGGGUGUUCAGGUGUCCAACAUGUCGUUUUGAAGUGGUUCUUGAUCGUCACGGUGUACAUGGACUUCAAAGGAAUCUUCUAGUAGAGAACAUUAUUGACCUUUACAAACAGCAGCAAGAAGGUGGUGGAACGACAGCAGCACCUGUAAAACUUAAAGUCUCCACUGAACCACUGUGUGAGGAGCAUCAGGAUGAAAAGAUUAACAUCUACUGUAUGACCCACCAGAUUCCCACUUGCUCAAUGUGUAAAGUGUUUGGACAGCACAAGGAUUGUGAAGUUUCCCCCCUUGCUAGCGUUUACCAGGCCCAAAAGGGAGAGAUGAGCAAUGCCAUUGAUGCUCUGGUUGCAGGCAAUGGGCGACUGCAGGCCCUUCUAAACCAGAUGGAAGAAGCUUGCAAAGCUGUUCAGGACAAUGCCCAGCAUGCUAAGCAAAGGCUAGGGGAGCGAUUUGAUGUUCUAUAUGUAGCUCUAGAGGAAAGAAAGAAUGCCCUCUUGGAGCGUAUUAGCAAAGAGCAGGAUGAGAAGGUGGCAGCCUUACGAAAGCUAGCUAGACGUUAUGGAGACCGCCUCCAAGCAGGCACAGAACUCACUGAUACAGCAGUUCAGGCCCUUGAACAAAGCAGUGCUGCAGAGUUCCUGCAGACCUCAAAGGGUCUCAUUGCACAGACAAAGGAUGCAGCCAAGAGUUCCCUGGCUGAGGAAAGACCUGAACCUGGUUUUGAGAGGAUGGACCAUUUUACUCUUUUCACAGACCAAAUUGAGACAUUGUUGUCCAAGAUUGACUUUGGAGCAGAUGAUGAUGAAGAAUAUGAAGAUGCAGAGGAAGAAGAAGAGGAGUGAACUGGACACAUGGUGGUUAGAGUGUUAGAGUCUGUGAAGGAGAAGUGAAGGACAAUGUCAAAAAUGUUGCUAAAUAAUGUAUGUUAACAGGUAUUAGAUGGUUUUACAGGGUGUGCUGCUAAGCUGUUUGAACACUGAAAACUACAAAGCAACAUUGUUAGAGAUGUAGUGCCAUUUUAUACUUUUUUUAUAAUGAUAGUUUAUAUAUUAGUUUCUAUGUGAAUAAUAUGCUGAGAGUACACUGUAUUCUGAAAUGAGUGGAAAACAUGAUCAUACUGUUAAUUUACUUGGAUAUGAAGCCAAUACAGAACAAUGUAAAAUAAGUAAAAUUUAAAAUAAGACUGUGUAAGAUUGUAUAAGUCAGUUUUUGUGAUUACUGUGGUUAUUCUGCUGCAUUAUAAUGAAAUAUUUAAUAAAGCAUUAAAUUACAUAUACUUCUUAAACAUAAAUUUGAUAUCUAGAUUAAAUUUUAUCAUUGUUCUUUUUUAUGUCUUCAAAAUCAGUUGUGUGUUUGAGCUUUCUUUGCUUAUGAAAGACUGCAUGGCCUAUUUUUAGGAGGCUUUGGAAUAGUAUGUCAGUGUAGGACAGAUGACCAAGCUCCUAUUUCUGCCCUCUGAUUCUUCAGCAACUCAUACUGCAAGUUAAAGAGGAAUAUUAAGCAACCAGAUUCUUUGAGUCAUGUUUUGCUAACACUGUGUGACUUGAGCUGAAAUAAUCCCCAGGCAACAUGUUUUAUAAAAUGACCACUGAGCUGAUCUGAGAGACAAAGCAAAACUCAGUCUUUUAUCUUGUUGUAUAAAUCCAAAUAGCUGCAACAAGCAAAGCAGUCUUAGCAUAUGUGUUACAUAUAGGCUAUACAUAUGCAUAUUAUGUUCCAUUUUUUAAAAAAUCUCCUUCUUUUGUUUAUGAAUCCAUUUUGUGAAAAGAAGCAACCACUUUGUUUGUGAUGUUAAUAAGGCUGGGAUGGGGUCUUGGAGGGAGACAGAGAGAAAAGUACUGAGUAGAGUGAGUUACCAAACAUAAACCAACAAGGAGACAGAGGAACAUGGUAAAGUACCUGGUAAAGCUCCUCCCUCUGUCAUAGUUGCUUCAUUGAGAAAUUGAA